GUCAUCACCGUGACGCUCAGCAGAACUGUUGUGUGUCCACGAGGAACUCGGACUCUGAUCCAAAAUGGCCAGAGACGUGUCCCGCCUCUGUCUGUGUCUCACGCCUCCACCUGUGACUCGCCACAGAUGGGUGGGCUCCUCCCUGGGCUCCAUCCUUCCCUCCGCCCCCCUUCGUUCUCUUAUUUUCUACUACUUCCUGUCUUGCGCCGCAUCAACGGGCAGUUUUCCUGCCAUAGAACACAGCUACGCAGUUAGCCCUAAAUUUGUUUGCACCCCGAUUCCACCUGAAGCGGAUCCCAGCUGCUAUUCCCCGCCCAGCGUGCCCCAUGGACCCAGCGCUAACGGUCACAGCAGCAGCAGCAGCAGCAGCAGCAGCGGCAGCAGCGGCGGCAGCAGCAGCUGGAGAGGGACCAUGUCAGACGAGGCCAAAGCCACCAUCUUACACCUGCGCGAGAGUCUGGUGAGGCAGAAGGAGACCAUCCUGGACCAGAGGGAGACCAUCAGGGAGCUGACCGCCAAGCUCACCCUGUGCGAGGGCUUUGGAGGCCAUCACGACAAUCACCAUGACAACCACCACGACAGUUACCACGACAACCACCACGACAAUCACGAUGACGACCACCAUGGGCCUCACGGCAGCCACCGCACAUCCUUGUCGUCUUCUUCUAACCACGCCCCCCACAGCGGCGAUCACCACGCCCCCCACAGCGGCGAUCACCACGCCCCCCACAGCGGCGAUCACCACGCCCCCCACAGCAGCGAUCACCACGCCCCCCACAGGAAGAGCCCGUCCUUCUCUCCUGAGCAGACGGGGAAGACGCUGCAGACGCUGAAGGAGCGGCUGGAGAACUUACAGGCGAGGAACUCGUCCAGCUCGUACUCCAGCUCUCUGAGGGAACUCCUCCAGAGGAAGAUCAACGCUCUGGAGGAGCAGCUGCACAGCUACCACCGAGAUCACCACGACGACCAUCGUGGCGGCAGCAGCAGCAGCAGCCGCCAUGACAGUCACCACGACGACCACCACGGCAGCAGUAGCCGCCAUGACAGUCACCACGACGACCAUCACGACGACCAUCGCGGCGGCAGCAGCAGCCGCCAAGACAGUCACCACGAUGACCACCACGGCAGCAGCAGCAGCCGCCAUGACAGUCACCACGACGACCAUCAUAGCACUGGUCACCGUGACAACCACCACAACAACAACCACCAUGGAAGAGACCGGUACAACCCUCACAGUGGUCACCACAGUCGCCAUAGCGACUACGACCACCGCUACGACUGGCAACCCGGUCGCCAUUACGGUUACUAUGACAACCAUCGCAGCGACCACCACAAUGACCACCAUGAUGACAACCACCAUGAACCUGGUUACCAUGACGACCACCAUGACAAUCACCAUGGCGACGCUCAUCACCCUCGGCGACAGCCUUUCAACAACAAAGAGACGGGUCACAGCAAACUGGAGACGGUGCUGAGCCAGCUUCACCAUGGCAACGAUCACAAGAAGCCAAAGAGUCCCAGCAGCUUCCUGCUGGACUUCCCCAUGAAGACCAACUACAUGUACGCGAGGAUGAGGAGGACGGUGGUCAACGAGAUCUUCGCUCUUACCGUGUGCCUGUGGUUAAAGGCGGGGGCGGGGCCAGGACUGGGCACGCCCUUCUCCUACGCCGUGCCGGGACAGGCCAACGAGCUGGUGCUGAUGGAGUGGGGCAGUAACCCCAUGGAGCUGCUGAUCAACGACAAGGCCGUGACUCUGCCCGUCACUAUGACAGACAAGAAGUGGCAUCACGUGUGUGUGACGUGGUGGACACGUGACGGCGUGUGGGAGGUGUUUCAGGACGGCGUGAAGAAAGGUUCAGGACAGAAUCUGUCGUCGUGGCAAUCUGUGAAACCAGGAGGCGUGUUCAUCCUGGGACAAGAGCAGGACACGAUUGGCGGAAGCUUCGACGUCACUCAGUCCUUCAUGGGAGAACUGGCCGACCUUCAGUUCUGGUCCAGAGUCCUGACGCCGGGUGAGAUCCACAGCCAGGCGACGUGCGGCGGACACCUGCUCGGUGACGUCCUGUCCUGGUCGGAGGGAAACGUGGAGCUGCACGGAGGACUCGCCGAGUUCCCGUUCGAGCCCUGUCACUGAGGACGCUCCGCCUUCUCCUGUCUCACCACUUCACUGCUGCUUCUUCUUCCACUCUGGUUUUGGUUUGACUUUGAAGACUCUGGAGAUGUUUGGAUUUGCAUGGAUCUCCAGCACAUAAGAGGAUUUCCCUGUUGUCAAAACACGGUCCUGAGGUCUGCUGCUGCUGCUGCUGCUGCUGAUGAUGACGUUGAUUUUUUAUAUUUUAGUAUUUCAUAUUGAAAAGAUGCUUUUUUUGUAGAAGGAUAUUUGCAUUUAUGGCAUAAAACAACAUAAAUAUACACAGUCUGACAGCAGCUACAUAGGUCAAAGGUCAAUGACAGCCGCGACGACCACAACCAGUAAACGUGUCCUUGCGUCUCUGUGGCAACCAGUGGCUUACAGCGGGAUUUACCUGUGAACAGCUGAUCUGAUCCUGCUCACACACACACACACUUUUUAUUACAGAGUAGUUGUACAUUACAUCACAAAGACUCUUAAGUAUUUCAAUGAUUUAUUUUAAUUUUCCUUUAGUCUCAUUUGACUCUGUUUUUUCUCUCCUGUCAUGUGACUUUCAUGCUCCUCCCCCUCCUCACCUCUGUUGUUUUUUGUCAUGUUUAUUCUCGUGUCUUUGUCUGGAUGUAAAUAUACAGUAAAGUAGACCUCCCCCCCAUGUCUAAGCCAAAAACUCAACUUAAUCAACUUAAAUAUAAAACUUGAAAGAGGAACUCAUAUAAACGCUGUCAAAUAUUUGUAAAUAGACCUGUAACGGGAUUUUGAAUAAAACACUUUUACAAAUUCAAGCAAAA